AUGGCUGAGAAAAGAAAGCCCCCUAGGCAGAAGGCUGCCAGCUCCCGCAUCAUCAAAGUGAUAGUCAAGACUCUGAAGCGCAAGGAGCAGUUUGAUGUCUCCGAGAACACCCUCAUUCAGGACUUCAAGAAGCAGCUCUCUGAGCGCUUCCACACACCCUCGGAGCAGCUGUCCCUGAUCUUUGCGGGCGAGAUCCUCAAAGACCAGAACACGCUGGUGCAACACAAGGUCAGGGAUGGAUCCAAAGUCCAUCUCUUCAUCAAGUCUCAGAGGCGGCCUCCCGGGAAUGACCAGCCGGAAGAGCUGGUGGCCUCCUGCCAUGAGCUGGUGGCCCAGACCAUGGAGAACCUCCUGCUUCCGAUGGUCGAGCUCAGCCUGGACGCCUCCACCUUGAACAACAACCCCCUCCUCUUGGGCUUCCUCAUUGGGGUCACUGGCAUGAAUGUCCUGGGCCUGAACGCCGCAGACAUGUCUGACUUUGUGAACGAGGCCCAGGACCAGGAUGUGACCUGGCAGGAGCUGAUAAGCGAAGUGAUGCAGAACCUGUUUGGUGACACCGAGCAGGUCCGGCAGAUGAUCUUGUCCAUCCCCCAGAUGCAGCAACUGGCCGAGCAGAACCCGGAGAUCAGCCACAUCCUCACAAACUCGGACUUCAUGCGAGAAAUGACCGACGGGGCCACCAGCUCGGCGGUGAUGGACGAGAUCAUCCGGAAUCACGACCGCGCCCUCAGCAACCUCGAAAGCAUCCCAGGUGGGUACAGCGCGCUGCAGCAGCUCUACAACGACAUCGAAGCGCCCAUCCUGAAUGCUGUGCAAUCCCAGUUCCAGGGCAGCCCAUCCGCCCCGCCGGAGAGCAAGCCCUCCUCCGGAGGGGUCAGCCCCCAGGCCAGGACAGAGAACCGAGAGCCGCUGCCAAACCCCUGGGCUCCCCAGCCCAUCAGGAGUGGGGACAAUUUCGGCAACGGCGACAUCAGCGGCUCAAGCAGCAGGCUGGGACAGAGCUUCAUCGUGCCGGUCUUGAGCGUUGGGGUGAGGUCUGGAAUCAACAAGUCCGAGAACAUCCAGAAUAUGGUCCAGCAGCUCACGGAGAACCUGGAGUUCAUGGAGAACAUGUCCAACGCGCUUUCCGACCCCGAUGGCCCCACGCAGACGUUCCUAACCCACUGCAACUCUCUCCUGUGCAACGAGACCCCCCCUUCUCAAGGCUGGGUGCAGCAGCUGCCCCCCAAGCUGGCAAAGUCCGAGGCCGCUGCCCUGCUGAGCAACCCCCGAGCACUGCAGGCCCUCCUCCAGAUGCAAACGGGCCUUCUGACGCUCGCGCAGGAGGUACCAAAUUUCCUCCAAGCCUUGUCUGACCCGGAUGUAGAACCCGAAAGCAUGGAGGACUCGGACGAGGGAGAAAGCCCCUCCUCGGACGAGGGAAGCUUCAGCUCAGGCGACGAGAGCCUGGAGUCGGCCAGCGACGGAUCCAAAGCUGACGAGGAGGAAGAGUCCAUGGAGCAGCAGGGCCCGGAGGCCCAGUACGAGGCCCAGCUGCAGCAGCUGAGGGCCAUGGGCUUCCCCAACCAAGAACAGAACCUGCAGGCUCUGAUUGACACAGAAGGCAAUAUCAGCGCAGCCAUUGAAAAGCUAACCCACCCCCGCGCAUCCUAG